AUGGCAACUCCAAUUAUUUCACUUUUAAGUUUCUCAACCGCUUACAAUAGUUUCGAACAGGAUAACAGCAACUCAUCCACAGUAGAACAACGAAACCCUCCUCACCUUCGAAUUCGCGCAAACUCUAUCUCUAUCCACGACAAUAAUAGUCCAAUUAAUAGCUAUAGCUCUAGUCCACCACUCUCAAUGUCUCCCUCAAGUUUCACCUCUUUUCUUUUCCCACCGUUUCUUACCGGUUCUAUCACCAAUAACGGUAACAAUAAUAAUAUCGUGAACGAGAGGGAGCGAGAAACUCCAGUUGGAUUUAACCAUCAACGUCGUGCUUCCGAAUCAAGCGCUGGAGUAGAAGGAACAUCUCCAACUGUUCAUCCACCACACUUGCUAAGUAGACGUUACACGAUCGCUUCACCACACCUCAUUUCGCCAUCCUCGCUAACAGAUAGCAAUCGUGAUGAGAAGAAACCUAAUUCUCCUGGAUCUACUGCUUAUCGUAUUCCUGCUGCGCGAUUCUGGGAAAUUGGCGCGCGAGAAGAUUCAUCUGUUCAAGUUGCAAUGGUACGCAUUAAUUAA